AUUUUUUUUCUUUGCAGACCUGUAACGUGCGCGCCAGUAACUGCUUUACUUUUGAACGUGUUUUUCAAUAGAGCAUUCAGAUUGGUAAAUUGUAAUGUCCCUGAACCCUGUGCAAGUGUUGAAUUAUGGAGCCGAUGACGAGAAGGCUGAGGUCGCUCGUUUAUCGAGCUUCGUUGGUGCCAUCGCCAUCGGGGAUUUAGUCAAAUCGACCCUCGGGCCCAAAGGGAUGGAUAAAAUCUUGGUAUCCCAUGGACGCAGUGAAGGCAACAUUGAAGUCACGAACGAUGGGGCCACUAUUCUUAAAAAUGUUGGAGUGGACAACCCUGCCGCAAAGGUUCUGGUCAACAUGUCAAAAGUGCAAGAUGAUGAAGUCGGCGAUGGAACAACCUCGGUCACCGUUUUCGCCGCCGAAUUGUUGCGUGAAGCCGAAAAAUUAGUUUCGCUGAAACUUCAUCCACAAACCAUCAUAGCUGGCUGGAGAAAGGCGACAGAUGUUGCCCGUGAAGCUUUGCGAAAUGCAGCUGAAGACAACGGGGCGGAUGAUGUGAAGUUUCACGAAGAUCUCAUGAAUAUUGCUCGCACGACGUUGGGCUCAAAAAUUUUAUCGCAACAUAAGGAGAAAUUUUCGAAAUUGGCUGUCGAUUCAGUGAUGCGGCUUAGAGGCUCUGGCAACUUGGAUGCGAUUCAAAUCAUCAAGAAGACCGGGGCUUCCCUCGCCGAUUCAUUUCUUGACGAAGGUUUCCUUCUUGACAAGAGGCCCGGCGUUAAUCAACCGAAGCGAAUUGAAAACGCGACAAUCUUGAUCGCGAACACCCCGAUGGAUACUGACAAAAUCAAAGUUUUCGGAUCUCAGGUCCGCGUCGAUUCAGUCGCAAAGGUCGCCGAUUUGGAAUUAGCUGAGAAGGAAAAGAUGAAAGACAAGGUUGCAUUGAUUUUGAAACACAACAUCAACGUUUUCAUCAAUCGGCAAUUGAUCUACAAUUACCCCGAGCAACUUUUCUCCGAUGCCGGAGUCAUGGCAAUCGAACAUGCAGAUUUUGAUGGCAUUGAGCGGUUGGCGCUGGUGACAGGAGGUGAAAUUGUGUCUACUUUUGGUCAUCCAGAAUUGGUGAAACUUGGAAAGUGCGACUUGAUUGAAGAGAUCAUGAUUGGAGAAGACAAAUUGCUGAAGUUCUCCGGAGUGCCUUUGGGGGAAGCUUGCACCAUCGUUCUACGUGGAGCCACGCAGCAGAUCCUUGACGAAGCCGAACGCUCUCUGCACGAUGCCCUUUGUGUACUGCAGCAAACUGUGAAAGAAACGAGAAUCGUUUAUGGUGGAGGUUGUAGUGAAAUGUUGAUGGCAAACGCAGUUUGGAACGCCGCAGCCACCACCCCAGGAAAAGAGUCGGUCGCGAUGGAAGCUUUUGCCAGAGCUCUUACGCAGCUGCCGGUGGCCAUCGCAGAUAAUGCUGGCUACGAUUCCGCCCAGCUAGUUUCCGAACUUAGAGCCGCCCACGCGUCCGGGGAUAGCACUGCCGGUUUGGAUAUGAUCAAUGGUUGUAUUGGGAACAUGAAGAAAAUCGGCAUUACCGAAUCCUUUCAAGUGAAGCGACAAGUUCUCCUGUCCGCAGCGGAGGCCGCAGAAAUGAUCUUACGCGUGGACAAUAUUCUCAAAGCUGCCCCACGACAGCGUACGGACGACCGUGGCUUUUGCUAGAGAAAAAACUAAGAUGUCGAGAAAGUGCUUCAAGGGGAUGAGAAGUGAGAUGUAACAAGAUUCUGCCAAUCCUGUGUUUAAAGGACAUUAAAAAAAACUCGAAAUGAUUCCAAUUUCUCAACCGUAACGAGCAAAUAAUCGGGGACAAUUAGAAUCACAGUGGCACCGGAAGACGCCGAGCUUUUUCCUGAUUUUUGCUUGCGCCCAUUCCGUUAACAUUUUUCGUUUAACAAUUGGCGCGUCCGCUUUCUCGAGAACACCCCUCGGAACGAAACGAAUCUUGCACGAAGCAUUAAUAAAAGACGGUCGAAUGUUCGAUCUUGAAGUGAAAAAAAAA